AUGUCCGAGAAGUUCCAAGAGUCUAUUCCAUCCGACGACACUACUCUUCGCACUCGAAACGAGCCGCAGUCCACCCAGGACACCACCAAGGGCAGCAGUCUCUUGACACCCGAGGACAGUAGCAGCAUAAAGAAGACACAGCACGGUCUCCUACACGUACCCUCCCGAACCUCUUCGCAGAGGAACCAAGCGUCGCCGACGUCUACUGGAUUGAGCGGUGUGACUGUCAGCGACUCGCGUAACAGUAUCAGCGACAGGUCUAAAGGAUCUCGAAGCAGCAUCAUGGGCGGUCAACGUAACGGCAGUAUUUCCAGCCGCCGAUCGGGGGUUGAGACUGAGCCGACCAACACACCCGGAAACUCGCAGUUGAAUUCGCCCACCAACCCGCCCCAGAAGAAGAAGAAGGGCGGCCUCCUUUCCCUAUUGGGAUGCUGCGGGGUUCCCGACAGCGCGCAGGCCUUGGAAGGAAACGAGCAGGGUGUCCACAAACUUGACAGGCUCCCAGCUAGGCCGACGACAUCCAAGUCUAGGCAGGCGACCCCACAGGACCAGCCUUCAUCUAGCAAAAGCCAACUGCAGGAGAAGCAGCCUCAACCAGAACUUCCAAUGACGGCCGCCGAACAAAAGGGCAAGCGGAGUUCCAACACCACGGCCGUUGACGAACCCGUGCCAGUGAUUCCAGAGAGCUCUGAUCACAAGCAGCCGGCAGCCGGCGGCGUCGCGGAUGCACCGGCUAUUACGGUUGAUAGGUCCGCCGACACGAAACCCGAGCCUGCGCCGGUUGAAGACAUUCCCACGACGACCAAGGAUGUUGACGGCGACGAAGUCAUGGCCGAUGCCACGAUACCUGAGGUCGCUGAAGAGAAGGCACAGGGUCAAGUCCCCACGCCCGAAUCUCAGUCGAGUCAAGUCCCACCUCCCCCUCCGGGUCCGGCGCCCACCACCAGUAUCCCACCUCUGCCUGUGAGCAACGCCGAGGCCGCGCAAUUACCAAUUUCAGAGCCGCAAAGGAUUUCGCUCUUGCCUCCCAUCGCACCCGAAUUCAAGGGAAAGAAGUGUCUUGUGCUUGACCUCGAUGAGACACUCGUGCACAGUUCGUUCAAGAUCCUGCACCAGGCUGAUUUCACCAUACCGGUUGAGAUUGAGGGCAACUACCACAACGUUUAUGUCAUCAAGCGACCCGGCGUCGAUCAGUUCAUGAAGCGCGUCGGUGAGCUGUAUGAAGUCGUCGUCUUCACAGCAUCCGUCUCUAAGUACGGCGACCCCCUUCUGGACCAGCUCGACAUCCACAAGGUCGUUCACCACAGGCUUUUCCGCGAGAGCUGCUACAACCACCAAGGAAACUACGUCAAGGAUCUCUCCCAGGUGGGACGAGACUUGAAAGACACGAUCAUCAUCGACAAUUCUCCUACGUCCUACAUCUUCCACCCGCAACACGCCGUGCCCAUCAGCAGUUGGUUCUCUGACGCCCACGACAACGAGCUGCUUGAUCUCAUCCCAGUUCUCGAAGACUUGGCAGGCGCCAACGUGCAAGACGUCAGCCUGGUCCUCGAUGUCACUCUCUGA